AUGUCCGGAAUCUUUUUGGUAGCAGCCAAACGUACCCCCUUUGGAGCCUUUGGAGGAUCCUUGAAACAUCUCAGUGCUACCGAUCUCGGUGUCCAUUCCACUCAAGCAGCCCUGCAGUCGGCCAAUCUAGAUCCUAGCAAGGUGGAUUCCGUAUUUUUUGGCAAUGUCAUUCAAUCGUCCCCCGACGCUGCUUACUUGUCGAGACAUGUUGGAUUGAGGAGCGGAGUCGACCAAACAACACCCUGUCUUACCAUUAAUCGAUUGUGCGGGUCCGGCUUUGAAACGGUCAUUUUGGGAGCCCAAUCCAUUGCGCUUGGCGAAUCCAAGAUUACCGUCUGCGGUGGAACGGAAAACAUGUCGGAUGCCCCAUUGGUGGCGGCGGGCAACGAUGCCCGAUGGGGGGUCAAAUUGUCCAAAGGUCUGAGCUUGAGAGAUUCCCUCUGGGAUGGUUUGACCGAUUCGUAUGCCGGUACCCCCAUGGGAAUUACCGCUGAGAAUUUGGCCAAGAAGUAUGGCAUUUCCAAACAGGAAUGUGACGAAUUUUCCCUGCAAUCGCAACAACGUUGGGCAGCGGCCCAAGAGGCUGGUGUGUUUGAUGCCGAAAUGGCUCCCAUUGAAGUCAAGACAAGAAAGGGCAUGAACACGGUAGCCAUGGACGAACAUCCCCGCCCCAGUACUACCUUGGAACAACUCCAAAAGUUGCGACCCACCUUUGACAAGGAGGGAGUCGUGACGGCCGGUUCUGCCAGUGGAAUUUGCGAUGGGGCCGGAACGGUCGUCUUGUCGUCGGAAGCUUCGUUGGGAGAUAUGCAACCACUGUGUCGCUUGGUCAGUUAUGCCGUCGUGGGAUGCGAUCCAUCCAUUAUGGGAAUUGGGCCCGUUCCGGCCAUUCAACAAGCCUUGGCCAAGGCUGGCAAGACCAUCCAAGAUGUGGAUCGCUUUGAAAUCAACGAGGCCUUUGCGGCUCAAUUCUUGGCCUGUGCCAAGGAAUUGGACCUCGACAUGGCCAAGACCAACACUCAUGGAGGUGCCAUUAGCAUUGGGCAUCCCUUGGGAGCAAGUGGAUCCCGUAUCACGGCUCAUUUGGCCAAUGAAUUUGCCCAAGAUCCGUCGGUCAAUCUCAGUGUCGGGGCAGCUUGUAUAGGGGGAGGACAAGGAAUUGCACUUGUAUUGGAACGAGUAUAA